GUGCAGACUGCAGCCCAAGGUAGAGAGAGCGUGCCGGGCGAGCCCUGAGACUUGCCUUGCAAUGCCAUGUUUGUGUAUGUGCUCUAACUCCGGGAGAGCGAUCAGGGAGACGGCUCCCCGGCUGGAUUUGGCUGAUGUUUUCUUGUUUCUGUUUCAGCCUUCAGGAUAAUUCCUUCGGCAGCACUGCUGUAACAGAGUGUGACGAAGACACAGUCAUUUUACAUGAAGACCAGACUGAUUGCUCCAGUCUCAGAGAUGAAAACAAUAAAGAAAAUUACCCUGACGCCGGGGCUCUCCUAGAGGAGCACCCGUCGCCCUCCCAGGAGCCCCAGCAGCAUGCCGAGCGGACCUUGCCGGUGGACGGCGUGUUGCGACCCAGCAUGGGCAACUUCAAGUCCCGGAAGCCCAAGUCCAUCUUCAGGGCAGACAACGGGAGGAGCCAUGCAGAAAAUCAGGAGACAGAGCACAUGGUGCCUGGCCAGUCGGAGUGUCAGGGGAGAACAGGAACACCAACUCAUGAGAAUCCACAAAACAACACCUUCAGGUGCCAAGAGACAGUGCGGCUUCAGCCAAGACUAGAACAGAGGGCUGCCUUUUGGCCAAAGGAUGCAUUGGACACUCAGCAGGACUUAACUGAGGAAGAAGCUGCUCAGGUGCAUGGAGUCAAGGACCCAGAACCAGCUUCCAUCCAGAGCGUGCCUGGGCCUGCUGAUGGGGCGGAUUCUGAAGACCCUGUGCCGCUCCACAAAGACUGGCAGAACGAAGCCAGCGAGGGAUUGGAAGACCUCCAGUCCAUUGGGACCAGCAGGCUGCUUUAUCACAUAACUGAUGGGGACAAUCCGCUGCUGUCACCACGAUGCUCCAUCUUCAGCCAAAGCCAGAGAUUCAACUUAGACCCUGAGUCCGCCCCUUCCCCACCCAGCACUCAGCAGUUUAUGAUGCCCCGAAGUUCUUCACGAUGCAGUUGUGGGGAUGGCAAGGAGCUACAGACCAUUACCCAACUCACCAAGCACAUCCAGAGUCUCAAACGGAAAAUUCGGAAAUUUGAAGAAAAAUUUGAACAAGAAAAGAAGUACCGGCCUUCACAUGGUGACAAGACUUCUAAUCCUGAAGUCCUGAAAUGGAUGAAUGAUUUGGCUAAAGGUCGUAAACAGCUCAAAGAACUAAAGCUGAAGCUGUCAGAAGAACAAGGGACUGCUCGCAAAGGCCCACCUAGAAACCUGUCCUGUGGGCAACCCAUAGUCCCCAGAGAGAAUGGGAAGCCAGAAGCUGCAGGUCCUGAGCCAAGCUCCUCUGGAGAGGAGACCACAGAUGCCGUGUUGAAAUGCCUAAAGGAGAAGAGAGAGCAGCUUCCCCCUCAGGAGGACACUAAGGUAACUAAGCAAGACAAGAACCUCAUAAAGCCUCUUUACGACCGAUACAGAAUUAUCAAGCAAAUCUUAUCAACACCUUCCCUUAUCCCAACAAUUCAGGAGGAAGAGGACUCUGAUGAAGACUAUCCACAGGGAAGCCAACAAUCUUCUUUGCUAGAUCCAGCAUCUCACAUCUCCACUGGUGACCACCUCACCUACUCCAGUGAGAUUGAACCUGUUAGAGCACUGCUACCAGAUGAAAAGAAAGAAGUCAAACAACCAGCCCUGUCCAUGUCCAAUUUACAUGAGGCCACCAUGCCUGUACUUCUUGACCAUCUCCGAGAGACCAGGGCUGACAAGAAGAGACUUCGUAAAGCUUUAAGAGAAUUUGAAGAACAGUUUUUCAAACAAACAGGAAGAAGUCCACAAAAGGAAGACAGAAUCCCUAUGGCAGAUGAGUACUAUGAAUACAAGCACAUAAAAGCCAAACUGAGACUACUAGAAGUCCUCAUCAGCAAGCAAGAUGUGGCCAAAACUAUCUGAGGUCAGGAAAUGUUCGUAUCACUUUCACUCAAGAAAAAAAUUAAAAUGUUUAUUUUCUCCUGCCAUUCAUGCUAAGUAGUUUUGAUACACUAAAAAUUGAAGCACUUUAGUAAUAGGAUUAGUUGUUUUUAAGGAAGGAUGGCAGCUAUAAUUAUAUAUGAUUAGGAGAGAUUUAAAUGGGGGGAAGAAUACAAGUGACAGUAUAAUUGCGGGGGGGAGGCGGGAAUUCAGCCUACUCCAUGCUACGGAGAAAAUUCAGUCAAUAGAAUUAUUUAAAGAAUUAUCUAAUAUUUUAUGAUACUGAAAUAACAUAUAGCAUUUACUUGUUAAGGGGCUACUUGUUAGGAAAAGUCUAUUUAGGAUUCAAAGAUUGUGUAUGUUGAUGUAUGGAAAAACCAGUAAGAGUUUUGGAAAAAAAAGAAUUUCUGCUCAUGUUCCUAUGUAGAAAGGGAUGCAGUUAGUAAGAAAGUAACUUAUUUGCAACUUGUAAUAGAUUUUUAAGUGAGAUUUUAAAACCUGCUACAUUGCUCCUCAAGUCUGCUAGGCUUUCAGUAACCCUAAAAUAUAUUAGAAUGUGUCACUGCUAAUUUUUUUUAUUUCUAUAUAAAAAAUAGCACAUUAUUUUAUCUGUUAUUUGAAAUUUUACAUUUCUGAUUACCAAAGUUCAUUCUGAUAGCAUGUACUUUGUGAAUUACUAUCUUUGUCUAUAAUUAACAGAUGUUUAUAUUAAAAUAUUGCAUUAAAAUUUGAAAAUAGGUAUUUUGGAUAGAUAUGUGUCUGUAGUAUAUAAUGUGAUUAUAGUUAAAAUUACUAAUCUUUUUGUUUAUUAUAUCUAAGAUUAUACAACUAUUUUUCCAUUGGGAGUACACAUUUUUCUUAAUGUUCCAAGAUCUGUACUUUGUAAAGUCAAAAAAACUUUCUCAUGAUCUGUAGUUAUUCUUGUGUCUUACAAAAUUAAAAGUUUGAAAAUCGUUGGCCAUGACAUCUUAAAAAAUAAGCCAGAAUAUUUUGUUUCAUUAACUUUAGUAUAUGUUUUGUGUUAUUUUGUACCAAAGCACAUUUUUCUUUUUGUAAAAACAAGUAAAAGAUCACCGUUUUCUCAUAUGUGCAACCAUGUUUGUGCUUCUAUUUUCUGUAAUGUAUUAAGCAUGAUGUUGAAGAAAUUCACAUUUUCAUAUAGUUUGGAUGGGAAGAAUAUUGACUAUUUCAGAAAGAGACUAUUUCAGAGGCUUAUUGUUUUCUUUGUAUUUACCUGACAUUUUAUAAUUUUUGUGAAUCAGAAUAAUGUCCUUCAUAAAUGUGUUUAAUUACAGUCAACUACUUGUAACAGGAUAGGUAACACAACUCUUUGAGGUUUACAAACUAAAUCUUUGAUAAGGGAAAUGGUUUCGUGACAUGUAUACAAUUAAAAUGUAACUCUAUAUAUUCUAUGAUUGUAAAUAUUUUAUACAACAAUACAAAUAAAAUAUUUUUCUAUUAUAUUUA